AUGAUGAUGCAACCGCAGAUGAUGCAGCCGGUAGGCUUCGACCCUAAUGCGGCCUACUGGCAAGGCAUGGCCCUUGCGCAGCAGCAGAGCGCAUGGAUCCAGCCUCCUGCGCCGGUGUCACCCCAGGUGCCUUGGGGGCAGCCGGAUCCUUAUGGGUGGGCCCAAGCACAGGAGAUGUCGCCGUAUGGCGCGUCGUACCCAUCCUUUGGCAUGGAUGCUGCAGGGGAGUUCAUGCAGAUGCUGGGCAUCGACCCGUCAGAGGACGUCUACUUCGGCUGGAUCGCAGAGUAUGGCUUGCAGAGUGAGGCGCUGCCGCCGCGCUGGGCCAGUGGCGUGGAUGCUCAGACCGGUCGCAUCUACUAUGUCAACACAGACGAUGGCACCAGCACUUGGGAGAAUCCGCUCUGCAACGCCCUGCGCACGGUCAUCGACAUCGGCCGCUUCUACUUGCAGGCUCCGGGCGAUGGCGUCUUCGAAGAGCAGAAGAUGCAGCUCUGGCAGCAGCACAAGCUGGAUCUCGAGGGAUGGCAUGGGCCCCACGUGGACGAAGAGGGUCGAGAGUACUUCGCCAACUCCGAGCUGGGUGUCUCCUCCUGGCAGGAUCCGCGGCAAGAGACACAGCAUAUCUUCGAAGUGCAGUCAAACCUCCUAGAUGCCCUCGAGGAGAUGUUGCCUGGCUAUGUCGACACCCAAGGUGAACUUCCAGGCUUCGGGCUGCUAGACCGCCGACCGAGGGGAAUGCUCGAAGUGAGGGGCAACAGCUUCAGCAUGGACAGCCAGCCCACGUCUCCCGGCCGAAGCCCCACGCCCCAGCGCUCGGUGAGCUCUCCCGACUUGAGCAAGAAGCACCAACAGCUCACGGCCAAGAUGGAGAAACCCGAGCCUACCUUCCAGGAGCUGCGAGGGAGCUUGCUGCAGACGCUGGAGACAUUCUUCUACAUCUACCGGGACGAUGAAGAGUCGCAGCAUCUCCUGAUCCAGAGGAAGCUGAAGGAGAGGCGUCUUCGGAGGCAGCGUCUCGAUGAGGAAGAGCGGCGGAAGCUGAACCAAGAGUUGGAGGAGAUGAAACGGCAAGAGGAAGAGCGCCGUCAGGAGGAGGAGGCUCGGCGUGAAGCGCAAGCCGCCGCCGAACGCGCCAAGCGUGAGGCUGAAGAACAGCGCAAGCGCGAGGAGGAGCGAAAGGUAGAAGAGGAGCGGCAGCGAAUCCAUGCUGAGGAGCAACGCCGACGCGCGGACGCCGAGCGUCGGGCGGAAGAGGCCCGCCGGGAGGAGGCGCGGGCGGCCGAGGAAGCGCGGCUGCGGAAGGUGGCCGAGGAGGAUGCAAGAAAUCGGGAGAAGGAGAUUCGUGAGCGCAUUUUGGGGAGCCUGGCUGAGCUGGGGCAAAGUCGCGACGGGUAUGUCCUUCGCACCGCCAUCGCCGAAGGCGAGAGCGUAGGCCUCCAUUCAGAGCUGGCGCCCCUCCGAUCAGCCCUCGCAGAGGUGGAUGAGCUUCGCAAAGCGGCGCUGCUGAAAGCGAGGAAGGCGCAGGAGAAGUUGGCUGGCGACUUCAAGACCGCCAAGGAAGCGCAGGAUUUCGGGGGUCCCAUCCUCGCUGCCCAGUGGAGGGCGGCCGUGAAGGAGGUGGCGAAGCCCUUCGUGAUGCCAGAGUGUCCGGAGAGUUGA